CGAAGAGGGGGUGAGAGGGCCGAGCUGCAGUCAGCUCAAGUGACACUUGUGGUCUCUCGGCCUCUUUCUUUCCGCCUCUGUCGCUCGCUGCAUCCCGACGCGGGAUAGAUGAGGGUUCGGAGCGGAGAGAAGCGGCGCACGGAUGGGAGCUCAGAGAAGCAGCAGCAGGAUCCUUUGUGAAUUUCUGCCUGUUUUUGCAUUAUGGUCCAUGUGAAGGAGCUGCAGUUCGAACGUCUGACCAGGGAGCUGGAAGCCGAACGACAGAUUGUUGCCAGUCAGCUGGAGAGAUGCAAGCUCGGCUCUGAGACUGGAAGCAUGACUAGCAUCAGCUCAGCAGAUGAGAAGUUUCGCUGGAACAACCAAGAUGGACAGAAGGACAUAGAGGAGGAGCUGACGACCGGCCUGGAGCUCGUAGACUCGUGCAUCAGGUCGCUUCAAGAAUCCGGCAUCUUGGACUCGCAGGACGCUUCUACAGGAGACAGACAAGGACUGCUCUCUCAAAGCGCUUUGCAGCUCAACAGCCAGGAUGCCUAUGCAGCUGCUGGUUACCAUAGCAACCAAGGGCUGACGCUCGGGGAAACGGUGGCGGCGCGCGGCGGGCAGGUCGGAGGCGCCGUUCACAGCUACAACCAGGUGACGUCCAGCCGUGCAGCCGCCCAGUUGGUGGCCACCGACUCGCCCUCUCAGUCCCAGAGAGACUCGUUUGCCCAGCAGGUCCUCGGCAGCGCCUUACACAUGUCCACCGAUGGCGGAGCCGCACCUGCCGGACCGUCCAUGUAUUACUCCUGUGCCACUUUGCCUGCUCAGCGCGUCAGCUCCCCUCUGCAGGCGGUGGGAUCCCCCACCAAGCUGCAGCGCCUGGGCUCAGCAGACAUGCCUAGCUACGCCACGCUGCAGAGAGUGUCUUCACCCAAACAGUCACCGAGCCGACUUGCAAAGUCCUACAGCACUUCAUCGCCCAUCAACAUGGCGGCCGGUUCCUCCUCCCCGCUCCCCAUGGCCACCUCCCCCGGUGGGAACCACAUCUCAUCGCCCAUCCACCAGCUCAGCUCGGCCGUGGGAAGCUACGCCACCCUGUCGCCCACCAAGCGCAUGCUGCAUCACAUCGGAGCCGACAGCUACAAGAUCUCCCACGAGCUCUACGCCAACGCAACCCUGCAAAGGCCUGGGAGCCUGGCAGGUAGAGGCUCCAGGGGUUCGUACAGCAGCCAGCACAGUCACCUGGGCUCUGAACUGCGGCCCCUCCAGUCCCCCGAGCACCACAUUGAUCCCAUCUACGAGGACAGAGUCUACACCAAGCCCAACCUUAGAGGACAAGCCCCGUCCUCCCCCGGUGUUGACCCAAUCCCCUUGCAGCGAACGGGAAGCCAGAGCGCCGCCGGCACCUUCCAGCGAGGCAGCUACGCCACGGGAGGCGGGGCGGCCGACUACGCCAAUCCGUACCGCACUCUGCAGUUCUGUCCCUCCACCGAGUCCCCUUACAGCAAGUCGGGCCCGGCUCUUCCCCCUGAGCCUGCUCUGGGCAGGUCUCCAUCGGUGGACAGCAUCCAAAAGGACCCAAGGUACGACCCCGAAUUCCUUGUGUGGAAUCAAAAUCAAGCCGAGCAAAGAAUGACAAAGGAGUUUGGCUGGAGGGAUCCAGAGCUGCCGGAGGUGAUCCAGAUGUUGCAGCAUCAGUUCCCGUCGGUCCAGUCCAACGCUGCAGCCUACCUGCAGCACCUCUGCUUUGGGGACAACAAGAUCAAAUCUGAGGUACUGAACUCUGAAAAGGGAGGAAACAGCUCAGAAACACUCUGUCUUAGGAGGAGAUACUUUUUGAGCUACCGUACCUUUAGCGUCAUCUUGGUUAUGAUCAAAUUCAUCUGUGAGCUUGAGAGCUUGAGGAAAUAAGUCACUGAAAUUCAAAUUAUUCAUAGUCCUGGUAGAUUUAGAUGUUUUAAUCUAGCUGGGUAAUAUUAGCAGUCUAGAUCAGGGAUGUCAAACUCAUUUUCAUUUGU